GACUAUGAAAAUAGUGAAACGGCUGAUCAAGUUAAAAAUAGUGAAAUGGCAGAUCAAGUUGAAAAUAGUGAAAUGACUGAUUAUGUUAAAAAAAUAUUUAGAGAUUUUACAUUGGCAAGCAAUUAUACAUCAUUUAAUCCUGGUGAGAAAUUUUCAGCAAUUGAAUCUCCACGAAACGUACUAAAUGAACUUGAUCAAAAUGUGCGAAAAGAUACUGUUAAAGAAUUUUCAGCUAUUGACUUAACUGAAUCUUCACAAAAUACUCUAAAUAACCUUGAUCAAAAUGUGCGAAAUGAAAAUCAAACGAAUUUGAAAAGUGAAACCCAACAAAAAAAAGAUCAAAUCGAUAAAGAAAUCAAAG